CCCUUCCUGAGAUUUCGUUCCCAUUGUCAUUACUAUUUGUCUCUCUGAAUCACCAAAGGGUGCUUCAUAAUGAAAAAUUCAUGUUAAAUUAGUAUAUGACUAUAAACCAGUUUUAUUGAGUCCAUUUUUAUUUUAUUUAGAAAUAUAUGCCAAAGAGAGGAAAUGACAUAUCUCUGUAUCCAUUCCUGGUCCUAGCCCUGCCCUAUUCCAACAAGGUUGUGUCCUGCCCUGAAUUCUCAGUUACUCUGCAGAAUCAUUUCCUUCAAAGUGAGGAGAAAGUGUAAAAGAAACCAAAGAAAGGAGUUUUUAGCAGAUAAUUGAGAAUUCUGGACUACUGUUGCUGAGCUGAACAGAAGGAUGGAAAGAUGUUUGUCCUAUUGGAGCUACUUCCUUCUUGGGAUAACCCUUCAGAUAGUGUGCACACAAUCUGUAAAAAAUUGUGUUGUCAGACAAGAAGUGGCUGAUUGUAGCCACUUGAAAUUGACCCAAAUUCCUCCUGAUCUUCCAACCAACAUCACAACCUUGAACCUUACCCAUAAUCAACUCAAAAGAUUGCCAGCUGCAAAUCUUACAAGAUAUAACCAACUUGUCAUUUUGGAUGGAGGAUUCAAUAGCAUCUCAAAGUUGGAGCCGGAAUUGUGUCAGAGUCUGCCUCUGUUGAAAGUUUUGAACCUUCAACACAACGAGCUCUCCCAGAUUUCUGAUGCCAUGUUUGCCUCCUGCAUAAGUCUUAUGGAACUUCAUUUAAAGUUCAAUUCUUUUAAAAAAAUCAGUAACAAUCCUUUUAUAAAUUUAAAGGAUUUGCGCAUAUUAGAUCUAUCUCACAGUGGCUUAUCAUCUACUAAAUUAGGAACUCAGGUACAAUUAGAAAAUCUCCAGGAACUUCUGUUAACUAACAACAACAUACAUACAUUACAAAAGGAAAACUUUGAUUAUCUUAGUAAUUCAUCCUUGAGGAAACUUGAUUUGUCUUCAAACCAAUUGAAAGAGUUUUCUCCAGGAUGCUUUCAGUCAAUUGGAAAAUUAUAUGGUCUUUCUCUGAACAAUGUUCUGCUCGGGCCUGUACUCACAGAAGAGCUUUGUUUAGAAUUAUCAGGUACAAGUGUUCGGAUCCUUUCUCUGAGCAACAUACAACUUACUAAAAUUUCCAGCAUGACUUUCAGAGGGCUGAACCAGACAAAUCUCACUACACUUGACCUUUCCCAUAAUGGUUUGUCAGCAAUAGCUAAUGACUCCUUUGCUUGGCUUUCACAUAUAGAAUGGCUUGGGUUGGAGUAUAAUAAUAUAGGCUACCUAUCUUCUCGCUCCUUUUAUGGACUCUCUAAGGUAAAAUACCUGAACUUGAAAAGAACCUUCAGUAAACCAAGAAAUGCCAUGUUUUCCUUUCCUAAGAUAGAUGAUUUUUCCUUCCAAUGGUUAAAAUGUUUGGAAUAUCUUAGCAUAGAGGAUAACAACCUUUUGGGCAUUACCACUAAUAUGUUCACAGGAUUAACAAGUCUGAGACAUAUAAAUUUAUCCAGUUCCUUUGAAUAUUUAAAGACUCUAACCAAUGCUACCUUCUUAUCCCUUGCUCACUCUCCCUUACUUACUCUUAAUUUGACUAGAAACAAAAUAUCUCGGGUAGAAACUGGAGCAUUCUCUUGCUUGAGCCAUCUAGAAGUCCUUGACCUAGGCCUGAAUGAAAUUAGUCAAGAACUUACAGGCCAAGAGUGGAAAGGUCUGGAAAACAUCAUGGAGAUUUAUCUUUCCUAUAACAAAAAUCUAACAUUGACCAGUGACUCAUUUACUUCAGUCCCAAGCCUCAAAAGACUGAUGCUCCGUAGAGUAGCUUGCAAACAGCUGGAUAUUUCUCCAUCUCCUUUUCAUCCUCUUCAGAAUCUGACCAUUCUAGACCUCAGCAACAACAACAUAGCAAACAUAAAUGAUGAAAUGUUAAAAGGACUCAAUCAACUGGAAAUUUUGGAUCUGCAACACAAUAACUUGGCUCGACUUUGGAAACAUGCUAAUCCUGGUGGGCCCGUUCUUUUUCUGAAAGGUCUUUUUCGACUCCACAUACUUAAUUUAGAGUCUAAUGGCUUUGAUGAAAUUCCAGCAGAUGUCUUUAAGGGUUUAUCUCAUCUAAAGAUGAUUGAUUUAGGAUUAAACAAUCUGAAUUUACUCCCAGACUCUUUGUUUGAUGAUCAAACAUCCCUGAAAUCAUUGAACCUGCAAAAGAAUCUUAUAACAUCUGUUGAGAAGAGUGUUUUUGGAUCUGCUUUCCAGAAUCUAAGUGUUUUAGAUAUGAGUUUCAAUCCAUUUGAUUGUACCUGUGAAAGUAUAGCUUGGUUUGCUAAUUGGCUGAAUGGAACCCACACAAAUAUCAAGGAUCAGCCUAAUCAUUACCUAUGUAACACUCCACCACAAUAUCAUGCUACCUUAGUGAUGACCUUUGAUACUGCUCCCUGCAAAGAUAGUGCCCCUUUUAAGAUACUCUUCAUGAUAAAUACCAGUUUCCUAUUCAUUCUGAUCUUUGUUGUCAUGCUUGUCCACUUUCAAGGCUGGAGAAUAGCCUUUUACUGGAAUGUGACCAUACACCGAGUCCUUGGUUUCAAAGAAAUUGAUCACCAGGCAGAGAAGCCUGACUAUGCAGCUUAUGUGGUCCAUGCCCGAGAAGAUGCACAAUGGAUCUGGAAGCAUUUUUCUCCUCUUGAAGAAAAAGACAGUUCCCUCAGAUUCUGUCUGGAGGAAAGGGAUUUUGAAGCUGGCAUGCCUGAACUUGAAGCAAUUGUGCACAGCAUAAAAAGGAGCAAGAAGAUUAUUUUUGUUGUAACACGAAAUCUCUUGAAAGAUCCCUUGUGUAAAAGGUUCAAGGUACACCAUGCAGUCCAGCAAGCAAUUGAACAAAAUCUAGAUUCCAUCAUACUGAUCUUUCUUGAAGACAUUCCAGAUUAUAAACUGAAUCAUGCCCUUUGUUUAAGAAGAGGACUAUUUAAGUCUCAAUGCAUUUUGCAUUGGCCAGCUCAGAAAGAACGUGUCCAUGCAUUUUACCAGAAAUUAGAAGUAGCACUUGGAAUGAAAAAUAGAGCCCAGUGAAUUUCUUGACCUUAAAGAUGUUAUACUUAAAUUGGAGUGUUCCCUAUCAUCAUAAAUUACAGAAUAAAUGGGAAUUAUACUGUAAAUUGGAGGGUGCACUCUCUUCUCCAACUUGUUUACUUUAAAAAAAAUCUUAAAUGAUAUUUGCCUUUAAAAAAAUAAAUGUUUUAUUAAUUUUUAAACACCAUCGGUCAUCUUCCAAUAGUGUUUAAUUUAAGUGGUGCAGAGGAUAAAAUACUAGAUAUGGAGUCAGUAAUAUCCAAGUUCAAAUCCAACCCUAGAACUUUACUGAUGACAUUGGGCAAGUCAUUUAACUU